AUGCCCAAAUCAGCAGGAGAAUUCAAUAUUCUGAACAUCACAGUGUGGAACAAAGCUGCUAUAUGUAAACAAUACUGGAACUUAUGCAAAGAGAAAAACAAGCUCUGGAUUCAAUGGAUGCACAGCUACUACAUCAGAGGCAGGAACAUAUGGGAAGUCCAACUGAAACAAACAUCAUGGAUGAUGAGCAAGAUUAUGAAAGCAAAGAAGACAUUUGAGGAAGCAGGAUUUAACCAUGAAGAUAUCAGAAAGAUGAACAACCGUUCAAUUAAGCAAAUAUAUCACAAACUGAGAGGAAGCUUCAACAAAGUGAGUUGGAAGAAAUGCAUUAAUGCUGGCUGCCCUAGGUGGACUUUGAUGCUAACAAUGACAACACAUGGCAAAUUAUAUAUUAAAGAUAGACCGAGUAAAUGGGGAAUACAAAUUGAUCAGGUAUGUGUACUAUACAGAAAAGAGAGUGAAACUAUUCAGCAUCUAUUCUUUGAGUGCUCUUAUGCAGCUGAGUUAUGGGGCAACUUGUUAACUUGGCAAGGGAUAAGAAGACCAGUAUAUGGAUGGAUUAAGGAAUUAGCAUGGGCUGAAAAAUGGUUGAAGAGGCAAAAUACAAGUGCUGAAUUAUUUAAGAUGACAUUGACAUCAUGUGUAUUCUACGUGUGGCAGGAAAGAAAUGCCAGAAUCUUUCAAGAUAAAGUGAGACGAUAG